AUGGAACGUUUAUCGGUGAAGUUAAAUGAUUUAUCUGAUGAGAUACUUCUUCUUAUUUUUAAAAAAUUGGACAAUACUGAAGUGCUCUACUCAUUCAUAGGUGUUAAUAAACGAUUUAAUAAACUUGUACAUGAUUCAAUUUUUACGAAUCAUUUAACAAUGACAAGAUGUUCUUCUAAUGGUUCAUUUGAUCGAUUAGAUAAUCAAAUACUUGAUCGAUUUUGUUCACAAAUUUUACCCUCGGUUCAUCAUAAAAUCAAAUGGUUGGAUAUCGAAUCCUCGUCUAUGGAAGAUGUUCUUCUUUGUACAAGUUAUCCCAAUUUAUGUGGACUUGGUUUAUACAAUAUCGAGAAGGACAUUGCAUUACGUAUCUUUACUGAAUUGCAUGUCAAAUUGGGGAAUUUUACUGAUUGUCUUUAUUUACUUGAUGGUCGUUUCGAUUCACUUCAAAAACUUUUUGUUGAUAUUCAUCGAAUACUAUCUUCACAGAUAAUAAUUGAUAACAAAAAACAAUUACCCAAUCUAAAACUCUUUUCGCUCUAUUCUGAACUAGAUACAGAUAAGUAUAAUGAAUUGAUUAUGCCACUUCUACAUCGAAUGAUCAACCUAGAAGAACUCGAUUUACAUCUUGUUGUGUAUCGUGAGAAAAGAUUUAUUGAUGGCUAUGAUUUGAAAUACAAUAUUAUUAAUAAUUUAUUACGAUUAAAUAAAUUUGUAUUUAACAUACGAUCACGUCUGCCUCUAAACGAUCAAGUUUAUUUAUCAUCAAAUGAAGAUUGUCAACUUUCAUUCAAUGAUUUUAAAAAUAAUAAAAUUAUUUCAUGUAUUGAUUAUUUCCCAGAUCGUAAAGAAGGUCAAUGUCAUAUUUAUUCAUAUCCAUAUCAAGCAAAAUAUUAUGAAUAUAUUACAAAUAAUUUCCCAGAUGGAUUAUUUAAAUAUGUUCGUGAAGUUUCAUUAUAUGACGAACAUCCUUUUGAACAUGAAUUCUUUGUGAAAAUUGCUAAAUCUUUUCCAUUCAUGGAACAAUUAACUGUAAACAAUGAAAAACCACAGAAGAACAAAUUUGAUGAACAAUCAAAAGAUGAUAAUCGACAUUUAUCAGUUAUUCAAUAUCCUUAUCUUAGUGUAGUUGAUUUGUUUCAUGCUCAUGAUGAUUAUGUGGAGCAAUUUCUAUUGGAUAUCAAAACGUGUUUAACAACAAAGCUCGACCUUCAAGUCUACUUUUCAACUUUGGAUAGAGUAACAAACAAUUUUACAAGAGAUGCAACACGAAUCAAUUGUGGUAAAUUACUUGAUAUACAUGUACCUCGUAAAAUAUUGAUUUCAAACCAGCUGAAAGACUAUUUUUCUGAUACGAAAAUUUAUUGUUUAAAUCUGUGA